CUUGAAUCGCAGUGACACUGACGCCAGCAACACCUAACCAACAACAACCAAACUGAACAUCUGAUCCGUGCUUGGAGGUCUUUCUUAUCCUCCCCCUCGAACCCCUUCCUCCAUCUAAAACCUCCUCAAACCACCCACCCCUAUGAGUCUCUUCAGAUCUCACCGAACUCUUCUCAGUCAUUCCUCCCGGCAGCUCCUAAUCACCAACAGACACUUCCCUUCCUACCUGAAAAUGAGUUUCCGCGACUACUCCAACAUCGAAACGCCUGCGUCGUGUUACGUAGACUUUUGCUUGGUUCCGGUUGGAACAGGCAACGUAUCCGUCGCCAACGAGGUUGCCGAGGUGCAAAGAAUUUUGAAAGCCAGCGGGUUGAAGUACACGAUGCACUCGGCUGGUACUACUGUUGAAGGAUCCUGGGACGAAGUAAUGAAAGUCAUCGGCCAAGCCCACGCGGUCGUGCACCAGGGGGGCGUGAAGCGGGUGCAAACUUCUAUGCGGGUUGGGACUCGAACCGACAAGAAACAAACGGCUGAAGACAAGGUGAAGAGAGUGCAAGGAAUCUUGUCUGAGGAUCAAAAGGGGGAGUCAUCUGCCUAGUUACUGCUAUUCAGUUACUGCUAUUCACGUUCUCAAGCUACUCAGCUUUAAUACGUUACUUGGUACUUAGUCUAGUGGCUUGCUUAUCCGUCUCCGUUUGUUGAGGAUCAUGCAUGCCAGCUUCACCAGAGAACGUUGAUACUAACCAAGGCCUUUAUUGCUGUCAAUAUUGCAGAACAGCGGAUUCGCUAUGCUGGGAACCCGGCUUUUGUCACACCGUUCAGCGCAGUACGGGGAUGUGGGAUCCAGGGGUAUAGGAGGACGGAAAAGAGAA